GGACGGAUGAAGCUGGGACGAAGCUGCAGAUCAAAAAGUAACCUGUAAUGUACAGAGCUGGCCGAUCGUCCUGGAGGACAUUAGAUUCCCUCGCCUUCUCACCUACGUUCUUGCUUCUGAACAUGUCUUCCUUACGAGUGCUGUCAAGACCUGUCGCUGCCCUGGCCUCUGCGCCCCGAACACUCCCACGGCUGGUCCGCUUUCAAUCCACCUCAAGCAGCUAUGAGAACAUCUUAACCUCAUCGCCCAGGCCUGGCGUUGGUCUAAUCACCCUAAACAGACCGAAAGCACUCAAUGCCCUCUCCAGUGCCCUAUUCGUCGAAUUGAACGAUGCCUUGAAGAAAUAUGAAGAGGACAAAGAGAUUGGUGCCAUAGUCUUAACGGGAAGUGACAAGGCUUUUGCAGCUGGAGCGGACAUUAAGGAAAUGGCACCUUUAACCUUCUCCGACGCCUAUGUCAACAACUUUAUCGCUCCUUGGUCUUUCAUGACAACGCUCCGGAAACCUGUAAUUGCUGCAGUCUCGGGUCAUGCACUUGGAGGAGGGUGCGAGCUUGCCAUGAUGUGCGAUAUUCUAUACUGCACAAAGACGGCCAAUUUCGGACAGCCCGAAAUCAAACUGGGGACCAUUCCAGGAGCUGGAGGCUCACAAAGGCUGACUGCGGCCUUCGGAAAGAGCAAGGCCAUGGAGCUGAUCCUGACAGGCAAUAACUUCAGUGGUGAAGAAGCUGAAAAGCACGGCUUGGCUGCAAAAGCGUUUGAUGGCGGGAACAAAGAGGUUCUUGAAGGUGCCUUGGACUCUGCCGCCAAAAUUGCAAGCUACUCGCGGGUCGCUGUGAUUGCUGCCAAAGAGGUGGUCAACAAGAGCCAAGACUUGGGUGUUCGGGAAGGUGUCGAGUAUGAACGCCGCAUCUUCCAUUCACUGUUCGGCAGCAAGGACCAGAAGAUUGGAAUGAAAGCAUUCGCGGAGAAAAAGAAGCCCGAGUGGAGUCAUUCAUGAGAUCUUAAACUGCGACGACCACAAAGGGUAAAAACAACGAAUAUACCUGUUUCAUGGCCGGAAUCUCGACGCUCGUUCCCCUUCUGUCCCACGUGACCUCGCGCCGCUUUUGCUCAGGCUGGCUCGCGUCCGGCUCAACGUCGGCUCAGGGCCGGCUGGGCCAGCUCACCUUACUGACCAUAUCGGGGCGUGUGGCCCAAAGGUCGUCCCUCCUCCAGACCGUCAAGUUUUAACGAGGACCCAAAACGAGGCUCUAGGGGGGUUUUCUGGAAGUGCACCACGGCACGUUGCCUCCUCGACCCUGCGAGAACGAGUCGGUCUUCAUGAGCGUGAUGGGCCCGGCACGACGUGCGCUUGUGUCUCUGGCGCGAGGGAGGGUUCCCAGAAAUAGUCCCCCUGGCCCUUCCAUAAGAGCCUUGUGGCGCUCAAAUGAAUGGGAAAGUCGAUAGUAAUUAGACAAAAAUGAGAUGUUCAGUCACUCCUCAUUACUAUCAAGACCUCUGCCGAGAGGACAAGAAAAGAGAAUCAACUCAACGCCAGGCCCAAACCACCGAGUACACAUCCCAUACGAUCCAAUGUCGUCGGUUGACAGAGAUUGGGCGCUCGUCCCGACUCAUACGUCCCUUUAACAUCUAGGCAGUGGUGGUGGGCGCAACCACGGUGGCAAGCGCGCUGCUGACCGGCCACUGGAUCGUGUUGUUCGGACCGGGGAUAUCGUCGGGGAACUUGAACUGCAGGAUCACGCCGGGCCGGAAGCACAGACAGUGCGUGGAGCCGCCGAAGUGGAACAUGCCCAGCUGUUCGCCCUUGACGAAGUUCUUUUGGGGCGGCAUGGUGAUUUCGAUCGACGAGACCUGGGCCAUGCCCACCAGGAUCAUGGCCAUGAGGCCGAUGUCCUUGUUGUCGGCUUCGAUGAAGACGACGGCCCGCGUCGCCACCGCCGAGAUGUACCCCUGAGAGGCCUCGUCCGCGCCGGGAUCCGGGUCUGCAGGCCCGCUGUUGGGGCUGAAUCCCGUGAGCAGCGGCUUGGAG